AUUACUGUUCCGUUUGCUAUUCUUUGCGCUGUUGUCGACAAGUAAGAAGACCACUAAACUGCAAAAGCAAAACUAUCUUUUUCUCAUGGCUCGAACAAAGACAGACCUGACCAUGUUUCUGAUGCCGUUAAUUUGAAUCUUUGGUACAUUUGGCAUCGCAAAUAUUCCGGCACCAGCGACAUCUGAACACGGCGUCAAAUGCGCAAAUAAAGAUAGAACUAACGGCAAAUUUCUGUAAUGGAGUAAGCGAGAAGAUAGUGUCAAGAUCUGACAAGUUUUCAUAUUGACAAACGAACAGUUAAUAAAUGUUUAGAGUACGUUAAUAGAUCAUAGUGGUUUACUCUUUUACAAUUACUUUUUUGAUAGUGUUAGAUGACCAUAAUCUGUGCUUUUGAUGGCAGGUGUAAACAACCAGUUUCCUUGCUCAUUUAAUCAGGCUUCCUUUUUGCGAGCCAGAGAUCCCAGCAUUUUAAGCUGGAAUCGGCAUGCGAUCGAAAAGGUUCGAUGUAAUUUAGCGACCGAGUUUUCCAGUGUUCGCAGUGGCGAUUCUGAGUCUCAAAAGAAAAAGGAUGAAACCUUAAACGUAUACUUGCGAAUUAAGGGUCGAGUUCCUUUCGGUGAUUUAUACACUAUUGAAGACAACGUAUUGUCUUGCAUUGUCCCAGCAAGUUCUCAAGCUGCAAAGCUCAACCGACAAAAUCGCAUUAUUAUCAAAAAAUUUUCAUUCUCAAAGAUAUUUGGACCCCACACUACCCAAGAUGAACUAUUUGACGUAACUGUGAGAGAGAAAGUGUUGGAUUUUAUUAAUGGAGCCAAUGGUUCCCUUUUAACUUAUGGGGUAUCUGGAGCAGGAAAAACUUACACCAUGAUAGGCACUCCCGGAGACCCCGGCAUAAUUCCCCGAGCUCUUAAUUACAUAUUUAGGACAGUGUGCAUCAAUCCCAAUAGUCGGCCUUGUUGUAAACCAAUGCCAAACGGUAAAAUAGAAAUAUUAUCCAGAAGCAAGCAAGAAGUAGAACUUCAAGUUCGGCAAGGUAUUUUUAAAGACCAAUCCACGUCUGCUGAACUACUGAAGCAUGAACGCACCUUUUUAUCGAUGCAAAACACCUUAAAGGUAACUCCUGUUGGAGUAGUCGACUUUUUUCCACCCAUAUUUGAAGUGUGGGUAUCAUUUGUAGAAAUCUACAAUGAAAACAUAUUCGAUUUAUUGGAAGUAAACUCGAACAGAGGACAACAGAGAACUAAAUUACAAAUUGGAACCUCACAUCGCAACACAUACAUUAAAGGAGUUAAACACAUUUUCGUGACUACAGGCUUAGAAGCAUACCAGAUCUUACAAUUUGGCCUACACAACAUCAGUUACGCCUCUACGAACCUAAAUAUGCAUUCCAGUCGAGCUCAUUGUAUAUUUUCGAUUAAAUUAGUUUCGGGAAACAAUUGCGAGGAAUAUAAUGUGUCCAACUUCAAUUUCUGCGAUUUGGCUGGUUCUGAACGCAUGAAGAAAACAUUAAACGAGGGCGAUAGGGCAAAAGAAUCUUCGAAAAUUAAUACGUCACUUAGCGUUCUCGGCAGAUGCAUCCGAAGUGUCCGUGAAAUGCAGAAAAAUAACAGCGAUAUAUGCUCUGCACCGUUUCGCGAUUCAAAGUUAACACAACUUUUGCAGCAAGCACUUCAAGGCAAGGAGAAUAUCUGCAUGAUUGUAAAUAUGAGUCCAUCACCAGAGACUUUUGACGAAAACCAGCAAGCCUUAAUUUUCUCCACUAUUGCUCAGGAAGUUGUAGUAAAAGAACCCAAAGCAAAUCCGAGUCAAUUGCAAGGAGCAUUUAGAACGUUUCGCCAGAGCUUGACCAAUGGUCUAUGUGAAAAUGAUUUCUCCGGUGAUGAGUUAAAGGAGGCCCGAAACGACAUAGCUCGGUUAACAUUAGAAAUGUCAGAAAUGAAGCAGAACUUCGAAAUCAUUCUUGAUCAGGAGACAAGUCAUUUACGCAAAAACUACAAUAUAAUACUUAAUAUUAAAACGGAACAGUUGGCGGAAGCUCAACAAGAAAUCGAACGACUGAAAAAAAGUAAUAACUAUUUGGAAAAAACGCGAUCUGAACUUCACUGGAAAUUGAAUAAAUUAGAGGAACAGCAAGAAACAAUCGUUUUAAGUGACUCGGAGCAGGAAGACGAAGAGAACUCAAGUUUCUCCACAAGAAAAGAAGAUAAAGUAGGAGACAUCGAAGAACAACAUUUACUUCAAGUAAAAUUAUUGGAAGAUAAAAUCAAACGUUUGGAGGCAAUCAUUCGUGAAAAGGAAAGCGAAGCAGAUGACCGGAGGUUACACGAUGAAGAAAAUAGAAAACGCUUGGAUGAACUGAAUUGCACGAACAGUGAACUUAGGGAUGAAAUCCGGAAAUUAGAACUCACACUGCACGAUGCCGUUCGCGAUUAUUAUGAGCUGGAGGAGCAAGAAAAGUCGUUACGCAUUGCAUUUAAUGAUUUAACUGCCAGAAACUGCGUGUUAGAAGACAAAAACAUUCUUCUAAUGCAAGAACUGGAUGAAUAUAGAAACCGGUGUUUACUACAACAGCAAGAACUUGACGAUCUAAAAAACUCAAACACAGAAGAUAUUAUUAACUAGUUGCAACGAGAAAUAAAAUUGAAAUAAUUAUUUAAAGAUAAUAUUUUGUUAAUUAAAGUUCAAUUCAACAAGUACAAA